UCAUCUCCCUCUCUCUUCCCCUUUCCCUCCCAGGGACCGUAUCGUUGUUUAUAUUCAUCGGACACAAUCUGUGUGUCCCAAGCGUGUGUUUAUUCGAGCUAUAUCACGGGCUGCGGGGAAGACAACUUCAACCGCGUGCCCUUCCAUGCACCGGCAGGGUUUUCGGGACCCUCUUGCGCAAACAAGACAGAGAGAUUCAUAUCGCCCCCGAUCGUACAACUCUGAAAUAGUAUCCGUCCGAAAUUACGGCCGUCCUUGGGGACUGUAAAACACACGCAAACAACGAGCCACGGAAUGGAAAAAAAAAAUCUAGGCGUUGAAAUUUUUGUGCGGAAUUCCAUUUUUUUUGCUACCCGUUGUUUUGUUUAGAGGAUCGUAACGAAAAGAAUAAUAUUCCAUCGGGCUGCUUUGGCAGGGACUCAACAUCCACAAACAGGCAGUUCCCCGGACGCCCCAGCUAUUGUGUGCGGGCAGUGACGGGAUCGUAGCAGUGAGUUACUCCUCUAGAUGGGCGCAGGAAUGUCCAUUCCUCUCCUCCCUCCAUCUCUCGCGAGCCUUCCCUGGAAUCUCUCUGGUGCCACAUUUCACAGGGUGUGGCCUGGGCAAUGCUUUUUUUGUCAUCUACAGUCAAGAGCUCCACAUGCAUUUGCAUCUGCCGGGGAAAAAAUAGUCGUGUUGCAAAACCUCACGCUUACUGCAUAUCUGUGUAACAUUUGUAGCAUCGUGUUACAGAUUGAUUGCAGAUUACUGCCUGGGGUGUGGCAGUCGAGUGGUGAACUGCACUUUGAACCUGGAAACCUGAGUUCAAUUCCUAGCCAUGGAUAGCAUCGGUGUCGAGUGAUUUCCGAACCUGUACUAGGCCACCAUUCACCAGCCCGCACAGUGCAGAAUGGUGAAGUAUGGUCAAACAACACCCAGAACUUGCACAGCAUGGGGUGGUGCUUAUCCAGCAGUUGAUUGACAAAGUGUCUGUAAAUAAUUAUCAUUAUUAGGCAUUCGGAAAAUUAUGCAGUGAUGUAUUUAAUUUUCCAAACGGGUCUCUGCUGGAAACAUAGCAUUACGACUACUCUCACGGGGUAUGAGAGUUCUGCCUGUGACUACAUUAGCUCGUGAUUGUUCACCUGGUUAAACAAAAUAGGCAUGCAGCUCUCUGUGAAUCGUGCUGCAAAAAUCACGAAUCUCUACGCCUGUCUCGUGUGUGAGAUGUCCCACUGUCUGCCCACCGUCUUGAGAUGCAGCUGCACUCUCAGCACUACGCUUGCUUGAAUGUUCGCGACUGCCCGUGACCAAAUGGCCCGCAAUGCGCCCAAUCUCAUCGGAUCUCAGAACCCAAGCGGGGUUUGAGCCUGGAGAGCGCUUGGAAGGGUCACCUCUGAGCGGGGCUUGAUGGCAAGCAGCAGAAGGCAACGUAGGAAAAUAACACAAUCGUUGUAGUGUUCUUCUAUGCCUAACUGACCAGGGUGGUGAAGUAUGGUCAAAUAACGUCCACGACCCACACGGUAUGACAAAAGGUGCCAGACUUUUGGGAGCUGAGUGAGCUGCAAGGUGAGAAGACAAGGGUGUGAGCUUGAGUCAGAGAGGAUGCUACGAUCCCGAAGCCUCGAGUCAAAUUCCCGCUCAUGGCCAACACUAGCGAUUAUCUAGACUGGUUGAGCCUCCUGUAGGUUGACUCAGCCUUAAAUGAUGUGUGUAAGCAUCGCCACUGGAGAGACAAAAACGGUCACUUUGUGUGCCGUGCCGGACUUCGUAGGUGCUCGCUAGCAGCGCUACGGGGGAUCUUUGUCUUUGUGAUUCAGCGUGCGGCAAGUGUGCACUGGAUGCGCGUACGCGGGUGUGCAGGUGGAGUGAGUGCGCUUGCCCUACACACGUGCGUGCCCACAUCUGACUGUUGUGUGCGUUACGUUGCACCCUGUUCUGUCCACACUUUCUCGAUGAAGGUUGGUACGAGACUCGCGCCGCUUGCGUUCCGGUUCCUCUCCGCGGACUCUUCGGUUUCACCGGCUCGCGUUGCUGCACACCCAACAGCACUAACUCCUCUAUGUCGUCGUCGUCGUCGUCGGCCAUGCUCAAUCCACUGCUGGGUGAAGGCCUCCCCACAUCGUCAUCCCUACGCCAUUAUCCAUCUCUCUGGUCCAUCCAAGUGUCAACACGCAACAGGUGGUCUUCCUGUUGGGUGUUGACACUUGAAACUGUUCCCUCUGUCGGCUCUGCCGGUCUAUCGCCUGUCCCGUCGAACAACCAUCACUCCCUCGAGCCAUCGUGUGCAUGGCCAAGCGCGCUUUUACACUCGCUAACAGUACAUAUACUUACAUUUGUCAUUUACAUUUGUUCUCCGAUCCCUGCAUCCCUUCUCCCUGUCUCUAAGUAGAAUUCCAAAUGUGCAUGCCUCCAUGCGUUUUCAGUUGUUGUUGAUGCGUUAUUUGUGUCAGCCUCCGUGUUUACUGAUCGACGCCACGGCUGGCAAGACGCAUCGAUUGAAAAGUGUCCACUUUAAGGCGUGUAUGUGGCUUUUCCUUAACCAAACCACAAUUUGUUUUACCAAUAAAGCUUAUUAUUAUCAAGUACGGUCACAAACAAAUAACAAAAAAGCAUGCCUAUUCCUGGAAUCGGUAAUACUUUCCACCAUGUGUUCGUCAUCGGAAGUGUUUAAUUAUCGAUAGCAACAGUAGCGCUCACACCAUGUGCACCGGACGCUAAGGUACGUCUCGAGGCAGAGAUGAACAAUGAGUCUCGGUUUAGCGGCUCUUCCUGGGGAGGGCGCACGCUCACCCUUUCAUCAAUCUCGGCCGGGUUCCUCAAGGUUAACGUCUCUAAUAGCGACGCAACUUUUAGUCUGAAGUUGUGUUGCCUAAAGUUGUGUUCAUAUUGGAUCAACUCGGCGAGAGUGUUAGUGAACACUUCUCACACCCGGUCAGAGACGGGCGGACACAGCUGACGCAUCAACACCCGCGUUGCAUCGCGUUUGAGAUCAAUCGGACGCAGUAUCACCAAAUAAUUCGUGUUGAAAGUCAACACGGUCGAUCCCUAUUCACGUCAAUGGAGGCAGCUGUCACGUUGGCUGUGGUGGAGGUGGGCGUGGAGAAUGUGUUUUGGUGUUCGUCUUGUCUCACAGUCACCAAAAACUAUUUAAAAAAAUCUAUGAAACUAUAUUUUUUAUCUUGAUUUGAAGCUUUUUUUAAACCAUGUAGGGCCGACUGAGCUCUAUAGCUCUUUUUCAGAAACGACCUGGCAACAACUGAUAGCUUGACGAAGUGGCUUAUCACGUGGACAUGAAUUAGCAGCCAAAAUGCUCUCAACGCGUGAUGUCGAUGGUAAAUGUGUUGGGAAAAACCGUGGGGCUACUGAAAAGAAAAUCCACGCGAGCACGAGGAGAACGUGAAAACUCCAAAUUUACAGCAGGCGUCAGGGUCGGGAUUGAACCCAUGACCUUUCGUGUACCAAGCGAGGUAGUUAACAUCUCACAGCCACCGUGGUGCCUGGGUAACGCCGUGAGGCUGGGCCGGCAGUAGGGCUGCAAAGCCCACGGAAGAUUUGGGCAAGGGAUCGCACAGAGAGUAAAAGUUCAACUUACACAAGAUACACGGUCGAUUAAAGCAUUAGCCUGCACGUUGAACAUUUAACGUUACACUUUAGACAUUCGAAGGACCACACAAAAAAGGUGAUCUUCAUUUGAAACCGCUUGCCGUAAGAGUGCUUACCGUUGAUCACACUUCGUUCUGAAUUCUAAUUUGGAGCAACUCCUGAAUAUGUUCACUGCCGAGACGCGUGCUGUGCGUCUACCCUCGGUGUGUUUCAUUUUACUGCUCUACGGAAUCACGUUUCUUCACGGCAGUCAACUCUUCACUUUCAUUCCUUGCACCCGAAGCCAUUCGCUCUUACGACGUAGUUCUAUCCUAUCGAGUUCUCUCCCUGCCACGAGGGACGUCUGCUGGUAAUCCCCUGCUCUCACCCAGUGGGGCUUUUCAUUAAAAGCCAUGGGGUGCGUUUGCUAGAUUUUUUUUGCGUGGUGGAUGGGGGGGGCGGGAGGCGAGGAUUUGACUCGCCGUACAGCACACUGUACUCCUUAUUCCCAUCUGAUCUGAAUCAUCUGCUGAGCGCAGUCCAAGGGGAAAGCGAGCGCAGCUGUUUGUGCCAAAGUUUACAGAGUUUUUCGACGUAAUUCUUUCCAGCGCCGGUCGCCGCUCCUUAUAGCGGCGGCCGGCGCUGUGAACCUCCUUUCUGCAGAAUCGGACGCAGGCAGCAAUCGAGACGCACAGAGUAACAAUCACGGCGCGGGAUGAAGAACCGGGCUCCUCCGCCCCCUCCGGGCGUUGCUCCCCUUCGAUUGCCUCGGUCCCCCGAGGCUGAGCCCGCCUCGGCGGACAGGGCCGGAGCGAUUCCAUCUGCCAAGGUGGCAGCGGCGGCGCUGUCUUCGGACAAGGGCGAUUCCCCGCCGGCCAUCAAGGCGGCUAGCGGGAAGCCGCCCGCCGAGAAGGGCGCGACGCUGCCCGCCACGAGAGUGGGAUCUCCGCCGCUGGAACGGGGCGGAACUCUGUCGCUUGCCAAGGGAGGAACGCUGCCUUCGCGGGGAAAGGCGGCUGCCCCCAAGCCUCCGCUGGUGGCGAGGGGCCAGAAUGUGUCGUGCUGCGAGGUGGAGUUCUCCGUCAUCCUGCCGUCGGGACAGCUGCACAGCGCCACGUCUGAGAAGCGCAUCCCCAUGAUGGACGUGCUGGUGCGCCUGUGCGCGUGGUACCGUCUGAGCCCGGCGCGCCACGCGCUGGAGCUGUACUCGCGCGUGGACGGCCGCCUGCUGCCCUUCAAGCCCAACACGGCCAUCGGCAGCCUCCCCGUGGGGGCCGUGCGGCUCAUCGAGCGGGAGCCGCUGGACGCGCGCAGGGCCCACCGCUCCAAUGCGCCCGAGCCGACGGUGCGGCUGGUGGUGAACCUCUCGCGCACGCAGAAGGAGUUCCUGCGCGUGAGCCGGCGCGUGCCGCUGCGCGUGCUGCUGCCGGCCAUCGCGGCCAAGAGCGGCCUGGAGCCGCGCUCGCUGCUGCUGUUCCGCGACGCGACGCAGGCCGAGCGCGUCGACCCCGCGUGCUCGCUCGCCGAGCUCGGCAUCCGCGAGCUCUACGUCGUCGACACCAGCAAGGCGGCCACGCUAUGCCAUCCCAUCGUGCAUGGCUCCCACACCUACCCAGGGGCCCGCAGACAACCACCGCCCCCUCCUGGAGUCACAGAGCAUGCUGGGAAGGAAAACGCGGGCAUCUUCAGCUGCCUUCGGCCCCGAAAGAAAAAGCUGGUUCACCACUCGGUGCCGGCGUCUCCAGCCCCGGUCCUCGCCGCCGCGGCCCCCAGGAGACGAUCGCUCGAGUCGGACGCCCCCAAGAAGCGGCGCGCGCCGGCGCCGCCCAUCGUCGCCGCCACGCUGCCUCGCGCCGCGUCCUCCGCUCGGCCCCGCGCGGCGCCGGCCCAGCCCGAGCGGCCCCGCAGCCGCUCCCUCCCGGGGGCCGACUCCGUCGCGCCCGAGCCGAGCGGCGACGGCGGUGCCGAUGGCGGCGGCGCCAAGAAGAAAAAGAGGGCCGCCCCGCAGCCCCAGGGGCAGCCGCAGGCGCGGCCAAAGGAGCGGCCGCAGGUGCUGCCUCAGGUUCAGGAGCAGCCUCAGGUGCAAGUGCAGCCAAAGGUUCAGGAGCAGCCUCAGGGGCACUCACAGGAGCAGCCUCAGGUGCAGGUGCAGCCAAAGGUUCAGGAGCAGCCUCAGGUGCAGGUGCAGACAAAUGAGCAGCCUCAAGUGCAGCCAAAGGUUCAUGAGCAGCCUCAGGGGCAGCCUCAGGUGCAGGUGCUGCCAACGGUGCAGCCUCAGGGGCAGCCAAAGCCACAGGGGCAGCCUCAAUCACAGGAUCAAUGUCACGGGCAGCCGAAGGGGCGUGCUCACCCUCGGACGCAGCUGGUGAUCGUCAGCGGGUUGGAGGUGACGGUCAUCAAGGACUCGCACCCGGAGAAGCGCGGCCGCUGCGACGGCGAGGCGUGCGGCGAGGCCGACGAGCGACGGUGCAAGGAGGGCGACCGCGGCGAUGCCGAGCAAGCGGAGAAGACGGAGUGCGGCCACGGGGAGCGCGCGGCGGGCGGUGGCGGCGGAGAUGACGGCACCGGUCCGCAAGCGUUCGGUGCCGGGGCCGGAGGGGAUGCGGCGCCAGUGAGGGCGGUACCGGUGAGGGUCGUGCCGAGUUCACCGGAGAAAGGGGCCGGCCACACGGUGACCUGGGCCGACGUGAAGGUGGCGGAGGCCGUUGCGGCGUUGCCGUACAUCGACAGCGUUUACGAGCAGGAGGAGCUGCGCGAGGCUUUCCCCAGCAUCUCGGCCCACGGCCCGGCCCUGGAGGACGGCGAGACGAGAGGGGGGCGGCGUGGGGCGGGGGCACCCACGGGGCCAGCAGCGUCCCCCUCCUCACCACCCAGCGAGGGGCAGCCCCCACGCCAGGUCUUCGACAUCAAUCAAGCGAGCUGAAAAUUGGCGAUGGCGAGAGUGAUGUUCCUGAAGAGAGAAGCCCUGGUGCCUGGUGGACGGUUGCAGCCAUCACUCUCUCCUCACCUUUUCCCCCAUCUUUAUUUCACAUUAAGUCGUGACGUGACAUUUGAUUGCGAUGAUUAGCAGCGGGUACCCACGUGCGACUGUCCUUUUCAGCCGCUGACAGCUUCAUCGCAUAUAGACGCGUCCGUGCGUUCAGCGCGCACAAGCUCAUUCACAUGUAUAUCUUUUCGUGAAGCUUUUCGUUGUUAUUUUUUUUUUAUUUAAUGGGCAUACAGCUACAUAACCAAAGAAGCUUAAGCCAUUUACUGAGCACAGUUGUGUAAAUGACACUGUACGGUAUUGUCAGGAAUCGUCCCUGAGGCUCGCACUGCGGGCAUGUAGGUGUGUGCGGUUGUGGUCCGACGUUUUGCCCCGGUGAGUCGCAUCCUGCUGGGAGCUUGCCAAUUCGGCAUCCCAAAGAAGCUGCCGGCACUGGGAGUCGAAACGGCGCAUGUCAAGCCGAGCAGGGCACGGCACUAGCCGGUGCACGGCACGAGCCAGUCCGGCGGGUGACUAUGAGAAUAUGAAAUGGUGUUAGGAUCCUGUGGAAUUCCUUCAGGAUUUCUAUUUUGACAUUUCCUAUAGAACCAAACGUUGCUUUGGGUUUUUUUAAAGGUAUAUCUGAUGUUUUUUCAUUGAUAAUGACUGCAACGUUACAUUUCUAUAUAGUUAUAUAUAUUCUUAGUUUGCAUGUAAGAUUACAUUUCUAGAGCAAACAUAGGCAUAUAUUAUGCUUCGAGUGGGUGCUGCAGUUAGAAUACAAGUGGCGAGUGAUCUCGGAACCGGUUCUGGGUCCUCCCCUUUCACCAACCCACGGUGACCAGCGUGGUGAAGUAUGGUUAAACAACCCCCAUGACCGACAAGGCGUGGGGAGGACUUCAUCCAGCAGUGGAUUGACACAAGGACUGAAAAGUAUUAUUAUAUCAUGAUUACUAGGCAUACCUUAUAGCAUUGCAUCUGCUGCCCUUUUUAGCUUUGCUUUCGUUAAGAAAUUGCAGUAUAGAAGUUUUAAUUUAGUCGAUGCAGAACCCAAAAAAAUGUAUGUAUUGCCUGUGAUCGCUGUACAAAAUCGUACGGAAUUUGUGUAAGUGGUGCCGGUGAAUCCAGCUGACUCGGCAUUUACAACGACAAAAAUCUACAUCAAGCGUCCUCCACGGCCGCGCGUGUGUGUGUGCUCCCCUACUCGCUGGCAGCCUCAACAGAGCCCCUUUGAUUCCCCUCCGUGACAAGGGCAGAGCUGGAAUUUUAUUGUAACCCCCCCUCCCGCUCGCCACCCCGUGGAACAAAAGGCGUGGAUUUUACAUUUAAAUGUCAGGCCACUUUCACCGCAGACGAGGCUCCUAUGAGACGUCGCAACGCCUGAGCGUUUUUUUUUAAUUUCUAAUGAAAAUCUAACUUUUUUUACGAUGUCCUUUUCCCUUUACCAAGGAAUUGGAAAAUAUUUCUCAAUUGUUUUUCAUUUUCAAAACACAAAGAGAAAGCCAGAUCUUUAACCCGACUCAAACAAAAUUCAAGAAAGUAAAAUCUGUGCGGGAUGUGAAGAUACAUUAAAAUGUAAUACCGCAUGUUUUUGUUGUGCAAGAACCAUGUCCCGUGACAAAACAUCCACAAUUCUGGAAAAUGUUUAACGUUCUACGGUGCUAAGGGUUUCUAAGAAUUUCCAUUUGUAAACAUUUAGACGCUCCUAUUCGGCUUAUGAAAUCAAUGAGGACAAAUUGUAAAAUGUCUGUAAAUGUUUGCAUACUAGCAAAGCUGUUUGCGCAAUUGUGUCGCGGGAAGGAAGAAAAAAAAGACGACCUCAGUUUACGUAAAAAGUUACCAGAUAGAUGUUUUUUUCAAGACAGCAACGGGGUGUUUCGAACUGGCCUGGCUGCUGGUGACGUGCCUAAAAUAGACAAACCCCGUUUCUCGGGGGGGGGGGGGGGGCGCAGGGGGUGUUAUUUUGGCUGCCCUCAUCGAAAGGCCAUGUGGCACAAAUGAAGAAAACGAAGAAUCCUUGGGAAGGGGGAGCCAUGGCGCAGCCUGCCCGAAUGGGCCACGGUGUGACGUCGCCACCCCACUCACCUGGCAGCUUUGGGCAUCGUUCCCACAGGGCUUGCUAGCAAAAACGAUGUUAUUCAUGCCACGGUGCCUUCCAAUAAUGACAGGACGUGUGAAAGGAGAGGUGAAAUGUUCAUGUUAUUCAGAGAUGAAACAAAAACAACCCGUCAUUUCUUACCAUAUAAUUCAAGCGUCUUGUGUCACCUCAUGAUCCUCAUCAAAAGCCUGGGGAAUGUGUGUAGGCUGCAAACAAAAUGUUAAUUUCGGAAAAGUUUAUAGUGAAAUACUGUAUGGUAACUACAUGCAGCGUGCAGAAUAUAUACAUCAAUGGUGGCGUUACCUCGACACGCAGAGCAUGCUGGGACUUCCUUUUCUGCACUUGCUGUCUGAAAAAAACCCUUUUCGCAUGAUUAUAAUUGUCAACAUUGUCACAAUUUGUGAAGUAA